GGAGAUCCACACAGAGAGUUCUAGAAACAGUGACCGUGACGACCAUUGCAGGGACCAUCAAGACCAGUGCUGUCAUGACAACAGUAGUAACCAGUGCAACAGUCCCCCCUAAAGGCUCAAGCACCCAGCCGCACAUCCCUCACACAGUCAUAUCACCGGUGGCGACAAACCCCAUGGCAACAACUCCAGCAGCAUCUCGCGCCCCCAAAAAGCCACCCUGCUGUCCUCAGCCCACUCGCAUGCCCACCCUUCCCCCUCAUCAGUUCAUAGGUGACGAGGGCGACUAUGACGAUGAGUCUGAAGAAGAGGAGGAAGUAACGGAGGAGGAGGAGGAAGGAGGCAAACUCAUGAAGGAGAAUCUGUGUGACUUUAACCCCUGCUUGCACCUGCAGAGACCCUGUCCAGAGGUCAGGGAGGCCAAGGGUCAGAGCUGCCGCUGUCCGGGCCUGACUCCAACCUCUGUGACCCCUGACCCUGUGGUGGCCCUGGAGGUGUGGGGGGUAUGGCCUGAGGCUGUGAGGGUGCGUUGGUGCGCCCCUUACUCGGCUGUGAGUAAGUUUGGUGUGUGGGCGCUGAGAGAGAACGGCAGUGUGUUCAGUAACGGCAGCGUGAGCGCCUGGUCACGCCAGGCCAGUGUGUUCGGGCUAAAAGCGGGACGGAGAUAUGGAGUGUGUGUAAGCGCACUGAACGGAGCUGGAACGUCGCACACCCGCUGUGUGCCUUUGUCCACCCCAGUAGGUGUAGAGACGGUUGUGUUGUACGUGCUGACGGGACUGUGUGUAGCCCUGGGGAUGGCGCUUGUUGUGAUGUGUGUGUUUCUUCACAGGAUCUGGAAGAUGCAAAACACACACUCUCUGAUUGAGCCGCGGGCACAAACACUCUACAACCCACGUCUCACCAGCCUGGUUUCAAUCACUAACCCGGCCUACACACACACCGACGAACACACCGUGCCUCCCUCUGCACGAUACACGCAGAGAGACCAGCUGAAAUUAUCCACUAACGUACACAAUGAAUAAUAACACCUGUAACCAUCCGUACCACCCUUACCCACAUACCUACCACCCUUACCCACGUACCUACCACCCUUACCCACAUACCUACCACCCUUACCCACAUCCGUACCACCCUAACCCACGUACCUACCACCCUUACCCACAUACCUACCACCCUUACCCACGUACCUAGCACCCUUACCCACAUACCUACCACCCUUACCCACAUCCGUACCACCCUUACCCACGUACCUACCACCCUUACCCACAUACCUACCACCCUUACCCACGUACCUACCACCC